AUGGGUACACCUGCAGCAGCUGGACCUGAAUCAUCAACAGCCAUACCUGUUGGCAAAAGACUCAAGACUAUAUGGAACGGUAUCAUUAUAGCCGAUAGUGAUAAAGCAAUUAAAUUCGAUAAUCAUAUCUACUUUCCACCCGAUUCGAUCAACAGACAAUAUCUCGAAGAUUCAUCUACUCAUACUAGAUGUCCGUGGAAAGGUCUUGCCUCUUAUAUGACGAUUGUUGUAGGUGAUAAUAGAUUGGUGGAUGCUGUCUGGUAUUAUCCAAUGCCCAACGAGGCUGCCAAGGACAUUAAAGAUUAUUUUGCAUUUGUACCAGAUGUACAGAUUGUAGAAGAUUAA